GAUGAGAUAAUAGAGUGGUGUACAUGCCUAAACCUAACUACUGCUGAGCGGCAGCGGCCCAGCCCCGUCCGUACGCGCCUGGCCACCUCCUCCGCAGGACCGCAGCCCUACCCUCUAUCGCAGCACGCGCGCGCCUGUUCACCUCCGCCGCAGCACUAGCGCGGCACGCGCCUGCUCGCCUCCAUCCCCGGCCACCGCGGCGUCGCCCACGCACGGGCACGACUCACUCUAGCCGACCAGCUCCGGCCGCCGCCCACCGCCACGCAGGCGUGCACUCCAGCAGUGAGCGGUCCAGCCUCGGCCACCGCUCGUGCCCCGUGGCCCACGUGCGUCGCUGCAUCCAGGAUCGACCCACCGGCGCGGUCGUCCGGCCAGCCGCAGCUCCGGCCCGGAACCCGCCCCGCCCCGCCCCUGCCGGCUGUGUCCAGCGCGGCAGCGCCCAGUGGCCCAGCGGCUGGCGCCCCCUCGAUUCCUCCACACCCGCUCCGUCUCAGCCCCCUGCCCCUACUGCCACCUGCGAUUGUCUCUGCAGUAUGUGGCAAAUGUUCAAAUCCUAGGUCCGCCAUUGCACCUGAAGCGUAGCUCUAGGAACAAGACGUGUCUAGUUGUGUGCGUUGGGACUGGGGGAGGAAUAAGGGAUUGAUGGCCAACAGCGAGUAUGAGUACGUGAAGAGGGAGUUCGAGUUUGAUCGCUGCCUCCCGCCCUCUAACUGGAUCGUUGUCCGUAUCGACGGUUGCCACUUCCACAGGUUCUCAAAGGUCCACGCCUUUGAGAAACCAAAUGAUGAGAACGCUCUAAGAUUAAUGAACGCUUGUGCCACUGCUGUGCUCGAGAAAUUUCCUGACAUAGCCUUUGCUUAUGGUGUUAGUGAUGAGUACAGUUUCAUUUUCAGAGAGGAAACAGAGUUCUAUCACCGGCGAGAAAGCAAAAUUCUCUCUUUAUGUGUUUCCUACUUCACUUCUGUGUACGUAAUGAAGUGGAAAGACUUCUUUCCUAACAAAGAGCUGAAGGAGCCACCAUAUUUUGAUGCUCGAGCUGUAUGUUACCCGAAUUUGAAGACUAUUCGUGAUUAUUUGGCUUGGAGACAAGUGGACUGUCAUAUAAAUAAUCAGUACAAUACCUGCUUCUGGAUGUUGGUGAAAUCUGGAAAAAGUGAACAAGAGGCCCAGCUAGCUUUGAAGGGAACAUUUGCAAAGGACAAGAAUGAGCUGCUUGCUAAACAAUUCCAAAUAAACUAUGAUGAUGAACUGGCUAUGUUCCGCAAAGGAUCUAGUGUUUACCGAGAGAAGGUAGAAACAACUGUGAAGAUUGAUGACUAUGGGGAGCCCAUAAAAAGACCAAGAUUGAAAGUUACAGUGGCACAUGUUGAUACCAUAGGGACUGCGUUUUGGGAAAACCAUCCACACAUUCUUCGAGAAGGAAAAUUUAUGCACGGGUUUGUAAAGAAAUUUGGCAUCAAUCACAUAUUUUCACCUUGUAAUUGGAUCAUUGUUCGCAUCAUUGCUUGCCAAUUUGACCAAUUCUCAACAAUUCAUUCAUUUGACAAGCCAAAUGAUGAGACUGCACUAAGGCUGAUGAAUGAAUCUGCAUCUUUGAUGAUGGAGCAAUACCCUGACAUUGUCUUUGGCUAUGGUUUUAGCAAUGAGUAUAGUUUUGUGUUCCAUGAGAAGAGUGAACUAUACCAGAGACGGGAAAGCCUAAUCCUUUCAUCAUGUUCUUCAUAUUUCACUUCUCUUUACAUGACGAAAUGGAAAGAGUUCUUCCCCUACACAGAAUUAAUGCAGACACCACACUUUGAGGCAGAUGCUCUAUGUUAUCCAAAACUAAAGAUCAUAUGUGAAUACUUAUCAUGGAGGCAAGCAGAGUGUCAUGCUGGCAACCAAUACAACACAUGCUUUUGGAUGCUAGUGAAAUCUGGAAAAAGCGAAAAAGAAGCCCAUGAGAUAUUGAAGGGAACGUUGUCUAAAGAUAAAAACGAGUUGCUUUUUCAGCAAUUCCAAAUGAACUACAACAAUGAACCUGCUAUGUUCCGAAAGGGUUCAUGUGUCUAUCGGCGAAAGGUGGAAGAACUUGCGGGGGCUGAGGACGGCGGCAAUGGCACAUCAAGAGAGCGGUGGCAUGUGAAGGUGGACCACGUUGACCUAGGGCCCGGUUUCUGGCGAAAGCACCCGUGGUUAAUGACUAAUUGCACUCAGUAGUCCCGACUGAUACAUGGUUUUUGUACUGGUUUAUCAGUGUAUGUAACUCUUGCUGACACAGGUCUAGAAACGAAAGACGGUUGUUUGUUCACACAUCGAGGCUUCUCUUCACCCUCUAUUAUGUUCUGAUGGUUUUCUGAGUCGUCUGCCUGAA